GAGAGCCCCGCACGCGCAGGCCCUGUACGGAAAGCUGGGGAAGGAUUAUCUGCGUUGACCAAUGGCGUGUGCGAGGCUGCCCGCCGCAGUGCCUUCUGGGAACGUACCAAUGGCCGCUUCCAAUGGGCGUCUGCGGCCGCGGAAGCGCCAGACACUAAGAACCUUUACGUUGAAGCUGGAGCAAUGCUGCUUUUCUGUCCGAGCUGCGGAAAUGGACUGAUUGUGGAGGAAGGACAGCGUUGCCAUCGCUUCGCCUGCAACACUUGCCCCUACGUGCAUAAUAUCACACGCAAGGUAACAAACCGAAAGUAUCCAAAGCUGAAAGAGGUGGAUGAUGUGCUUGGGGGAGCAGCUGCCUGGGAGAACGUGGACUCCACUGCAGAGCCAUGUCCAAAAUGUGAACAUCCCCGUGCCUAUUUCAUGCAGCUUCAGACCCGUUCUGCAGAUGAGCCAAUGACCACCUUCUACAAGUGCUGCAAUGCUCAGUGCGGACAUCGCUGGAGAGACUAAGGGCAGGACUUACCUAGCUGUAGCUCUGAAUGUUGUGUGCUGAAGGUCUUUGCUGUGUGAAAGGAAGCUAACUCUUCAGUGGUGGAGGACCAGGGUGAAACAGGUCAUCUGCAGGUCAGCAGAUAAAGACCUUAAUGCACAGGGGCCUCGGGUCCUUGGGAAAUAAAUACACAUGAGGAAAUUCA